GGAGACCUGAGGUGAGUCUGCCUACCUAACUCCGGUCCUGGCAAGCCUGGUCAGUCAGUCACCAGUGUUCGGAUUUCUCUUCCAUAUUCUCUUGGCGAAAUCUGCACGGCAUCCUCCAUUCAUCCUUCCACCCUCCUCCCCUCGGUUCCGCCCAGACGUCUUGGUAUUUUCUUUCCCUCGUGUCCUUGUCAGCCUGUUCCUUUUCGGUUGGGGUUUCUUCAUUGUGUUUUUCUUCAUAUUCUCUUUUUUCCUAUCUUUCCCUUUGCGGAUACCAAAGAGACGAGACCUUAGAGGCAAUACAUCUCCGACGACCCUAAUUCUCUUAAAGAUCCACGCAUGCGCAGCCACCCCUGUCGGACGACGACGACGACGACUGCGCCGGGCCCCUUUCCAUCAAUACGAUAAGAACUACUCGAAAAAAAGAGAGAGCGACAUCCCAUUUCAGUACACGCGGCCUCCCUCACCCUCCAGAACCCCAUACUUUUCGACCUUGGGAAAACCUUCGACGCUGUCAAACCAUCCGCAUACGUCAAAAAUAACGAUCCCGUCCCGUCCCGUCUCCAAUUCGUCCAUUCCAGCGCCGCCACAUCCCGCACGCGUAAACCCAAUCUCGAAACGAAAGCUUGCGGCGGUUUAAGCUUGGGUCGAUAACCACGGCACGGGUACAGAAAGGCGCCAACCGCCACCAUUACGGAUACAAAACCCACGAGGUCUUCAUCUUCAAAGGUUCAGGGUAACCCGCUUCGACACCCUAUUUCCGAAAGACGACAAGAAUCCCAUAUAAGUGGUGGUUCAGACCUCGUCUUGGGUUCAGCAAUCAAACCCAGGCUGGUUCGUCUCGUCUCAACACAUUGCGCAGCGGGAAACCUUGACGGCAAAAAAAGGGAAAAAAGACCUACGCACACACCAGAAUCCGCAGAGAAGGAAGGUCACCAACAUGUCGUUCCCAGCCCCAACCCGCCCGCGGCGUGGCGUGGUUUGCGUCGCCGCCUUCUUCAUCCUCACCACAAUCUUCCUCGCGGCAGCCCGCCUCGCCUCCCUAGACCUCACAUCAGCCAUCCGUCGCCGUCCCGCCGCGAAGACGACAUCCGAGCCCUCACCAGCCGAUGCGCCCAUGUCCUACGGCGAGACCGCCCGCCCAGGGUUCACCGACCUCUCCGUCCACAUCGCCACACUCCCGGAGCGUCACCUCCCGUCCCGUGAGAACCCGAGCCGCAGGCUCAUUGUCGUCGGUGAUGUCCACGGCAUGCGCGUCUCCCUCGACAGGCUGCUCGAGGAGCUGCACUUUGACAAGUCCCGCGGCGACCACCUCGUCUUUGCUGGCGACAUGAUCAACAAGGGCCCCGACUCCCGCGGUGUCCUCGACCUGGCCAUGCGCCUCGGCGCCUCCGCCGUACGUGGAAACCACGAAGACCGCGUGCUGCUCGCACACCAGAACAUGAAGACGACCUACGUUACCGACUCGGACGCUCACGGCAAUCCCGUCACCAAGAGAGAGGAAGAGGCAGGACAAGCCAAGGCCGAGGAGAACAAGGAGGAGGACAAGAAGCCUGAAGAACCUCCCACCGACAACGCCUCACCCGAGGCCGAAGACCAAGGAGAAGACGGCGAGGACGAAGACGAAGACGAAGCCUCCCUAGAAGAGACCGAACAAGACGACCUCGAACCCUCAAUCUUCCCCCACGGCGACUCCAAAGAACGCGCCACCGCCCGCUCCCUCACCCGCAAACAACUCAAGUGGCUCUCCACCCUCCCCGUAAUCCUCGACGUCGGCGCCGUCGAAUCCAUCGGCGGCAACCUCGUCGUCGUCCACGCAGGCCUCGUCCCGGGCCUCUCCCUCAGACACCAAGACCCCUGGGCCGUCAUGAACAUGCGCGGCCUCGUCUACCCGCGCGAGGAGCUCCGCCGACAAGAAGCCCACCGCGCCCUCGAAGACUACCGCAGGACCCACACCGCCGCCCCCGGCGUCACCGAGACCAUGAUCCAGCGCGAGCACGAGCGCCGCCGCAAACCCCACGAUCGCAAGAUCGCCAUCCCCACCGACCGCCGCGACGGCUCCAGCAGCUGGCCGAAGGCGUGGAACGCGCACCAAAAGGCGCUGCCUGAGAAGGAGCCCCGCACCGCAGUCGCUUACGGCCACGAUUCCAAGCGCGGUCUGCAGAUUGACAAGUUUACGUUUGGUCUCGACUCGGGCUGCGUCAACGGCGGGGAGCUGACUGCUCUCGUCAUCGAGGCGUCUGCCGACGGCGGCGUCACGCAUGCCAUCAAGAGCACAAAGUGCAACAAGGACGAGGGGCGAAAGGACAAGAAGAGGAACAAGAAGCACAAGAAGAGCAAGAAGGGGAAGAAGAGCAGCGAGGAGGUGGAUGAGGCCAAGUCAUAGAGACGCGUUCCCCCCUGAACAAGGAAGCCGUGUUGUCUCUUAGUAAGAAGAGGAAAAGGGGAGAAAAAGAAGCAUAUCAAGCAAGCUGCAUGUCCAAGACGGACAACCCAGAAACGAAGGAGAGAAGAACCAACUGCAUCUGCAUGUGUGUGGGCUGGCUGCCCAACACUUCCUCUCAAGGGAGGAGAACAACGGAAAUGGAUAUACCUAGAAGUCGUCGCCAACGUCUCUAACACACCACCAAGAGACGUUUCAUUGUACAAAAUAAGUUGCACCCAUAAGGCAUAGGGACGCGAGCAGCAGCAGCAGCAACCACCGUAAUGAAGGAAGGCAUCAUCAUCAUCCCACU